GGAGGGUCUGAGUGGAAGGAGCCCAGGGGCGGCACUCCUGGCCCCACACUCCCCGGGCGUCUCUGGAGGACGAAAUCAAGAGGUGGAUUCUCUCUCCGUGGUCGAGCUCCCUCCGAGGAUCUGGCAGGUACACGGGAGGAGCUAAGGCUGUGGCUGUGGAGUCGGGUCCCCUUCAGCGGGCGCUUCAAGUGGCCCAAGUUUAUAUCUUUCCAGGUUUUUCUGAAUCGAGUUGAGUCUUUAAGGAACCCUGGAGAAUCAUUUGAUCACCAUGAACCUGAUAUUGUUCCUGGAAGCUGUCUGUGUUUUUCUGUUUGGCCAAGUGCUACCAUCUUUCACUUUCCAGGAACUCUAUGCAAGCCAGGAGACUAUUGUGAAGAUUUCAGCUGCCAGUCAAUUGAUGCAUUGCUCUGCUGCCCUGGAUGUCCUGCUUGCCUUGGAUGGCUCUCACAGCAUUGGGAAAGGAAGUUUUGAAAGGUCUAAGUACUUUGCCAUUAAAUUGUGCGAUGCUUUGGCCAUCGGUCCAGAUAGAGUCAGAGUGGGUGUAUUACAAUUUAGCUCAGCUCCUCAGCUGGAAUUCUCCUUGGAUUCAUUUUCCACCCAAGAGGAAGUAAAAGAAAAAAUCAAGAAAAUAAUUUUCAAAGGAGGGAGCACUGAAACAGGCCUUGCUCUGAAAUACCUUCUCCACAAAGGUUUCCCUGGGGGAAGGAACUCUUCUGUCCCUCAGACCCUUGUCAUUGUCACUGAUGGGAAGUCCCAAGGAGACAUUGCCCUUCCUGCCAAGCAGCUGAAGGAAAAGGGAGUUGUGGUGUUUGCUGUGGGAGUCAAGUUCCCAAGGUGGACAGAGCUGCACACCUUGGCAAGCGAACCCAAGGAUCAAUAUAUGUUGUCUGCAGAACAUGUGGAUGAUGCUACCAAUGGCCUGUACAGCACUCUCUCCAGUUUGGCCAUCUGCAAUGCCACAGCUCCAGGUUGCAGAAUUGAGCCUCACCUUUGUGAACGAAAGACACUGGAAACCAUCAGAGAAGUCACUGGAAACUCUUUGUGCUGGAGAGGUUCAAAGAAAAACAAUGCAGUAUUUUCAUCCCUCUGCCCAUUCUCUAGCUGGAAGAAAGUUUUCAUAACUCACCUGGCCACAUGCUACAGAACGGUAUGUCCAGAUCCUUGUGAUUCCCAGCCCUGCCAGAAUGGAGGCACAUGUGUUCUGGAGGGAUUAGACAAGUACCAUUGUCUCUGUCCCAUUGGAUUUGGAGGGGAGGCCAACUGUGCACCAAAGUUGAGCCUGGAAUGCAGUGUCAACCUCCUCUUCUUGCUGGAUAGCUCGUCUGGUACAACCCUGGAGGGAUUCCUUCAGGCCAAGGCCUUUCUAAAGAGGUUUGUCCAGGCUGUGGUGAACAUGGACUCUCCAGUAGAUGUGGCAGUGGCCCAGUACAGUCAGGAGGUGGAGAUCCCAAUCCAAAUGGGACAAUACCAGGAUGUGCCCAGCCUCAUGAAGAGUCUGGACAGAAUGCGUUUCACUGGAGGAGCCACAUUGACAGGCAGAGCUUUGGAGUAUGUUGCUGAUCAUGGCUUCAGAGCUACACUUCCGUCUGGAGAGAUUCAUGAUCCCCAGCCUCAACGGGUGGUGGUUCUGCUUACUGACUCAAGGUCCCAAGACCUUGUGGCAGGACCAGUAAGAUAUGCCCGUGAUCAGAAACUCUUCCUGAUUGGGGUAGGUAGUGAGUUUCUGAGAGCAGAGCUGGAAGAAAUCACUGGCAAUCCAAAGCAGGUGAUAACCUACUCCAACCCACAAGACCUUUUUAAUAAAAUACCUGAACUCCAGAAAAAAAUCUGCAGUCUCCAGAGACCAGGCUGCCAGUCUCAGUCCCUGGACCUGGUUUUCCUGUUGGAUGCAUCAGCGACAGUAGGACAAGUGGACUUCACGAAGGUCCGGAGCUUUGUAAGAGGGAGCUCCCUCCAAUUCAACAUCAACCGGGAUGUGACCCAGAUAGGCUUGGUUGUCUAUGGCAGCAGGGUCCAGACCACAUUUGCCUUGGACACACACCCUACUAGCUCCAACCUCCUGCAGGCCAUCAACCAGGCCCCUUAUGUGGGUGGGGCAGGCUCCACAGGCAGUGCUCUCUUGCAUGUCUAUGAUGAGGUGAUGACUGUCCAGAAGGGGGCCCGGCCUGGUGUGAGUAAGGCGGUGGUCGUAAUUACAGAAGGGACUGGAACUGAAGAUGCAGUGGUGCCUGCUCAGAAGCUUCGAAGAAAUGGCAUCUCUGUCCUGGUCAUAGGUGUGGGACCUGUCCUGAAGGAGACGCUACUAAGACUUGCAGGCUCUCAUGACUUCCUAAUACAUGUGCCUUCUUAUGAAGACCUAGAGAAUUACCAAGACUUAUUCAUUGAAAGAAUAUGUGAAGAAGCCAGGAAGCCAGUUAACCUCUGCAAACCCAGUCCAUGCAUGAAUGAUGGGACAUGCAUUCUUCAGAAUGGAAGCUACCGGUGUGAGUGCAGAGGCUGGGAAGGCCCCCACUGUGAGAACAGAAUCUUGAGAGGUGAUUCCCCCAGGCCACAUGGCUUGCAUCAGUACUCCUCGAACUGGCAGCACUGGUACCAAUCACGGCAUUUGCACCUGGGCAGUUGAAUCAGCAUGGUACCUUGUGGCAAUUCUGUGUGACCAUCCACUUUCUGCCAACAGUGUGUAUGACUACCCAAAAACCACCAUGUUGCAUGGUGAAAGUGGAUCCCAACUCAGAGACAGUGCUACUUAGCAACAAUGCUAGCAAUAGAUGAAUUCAUUAAUUAUUGUUUAUCUUUUUAAAAAGCAAUCAACACAUCAAAAUAUAAGUCAAUAUUUAUUUUCAUCCAAAUGUCAACUUCCAAACCACAUUUAAUCUUUUCUCCAUGGAUAUGGAGCAGCACUGAUGGGCCAACUUGUUGACUUCGUUUGGUGUAGAAGUCAGGAAUACUUAUUGGAAUAUUGACUGCACAGGGAACUGUCCAGCAUGAUGUUAGUUACAUAUUUCUCACAUGGAAUAAUUGCAACACCUGAGUUUUAGGACUUUAAAUUUUGGGAAUUGUUCACAUGCAGCAUUAUGUAUCCAUUUGGAAAACUGAUUCAAUUGAUUCAAGUAUGUGGACAUAAGGUAAAUAAUCUGUAAUAUGUAGUUGUACUUACUGUAUUCCUCAGUAUGGAUUUCACAGUGCCAAGUGAGACUUGCCAAAUGGUAACUCUAAAGCCACUAUAAUGGAGAUUUGCUGCUUGACAUUUGGUGUUUUUUUGUUUUUUUUUUUAACAUGGGGGAGAAACUUAGGGAGGAUAGAGUAGCAGGUCCAGACCAGAGGGAGAAUGGAACGCUGUUGGGUUUCAGUCAGCUGGAAAUCUAUGCAGUUAGGCUGUGUUCCCUCAGACAGAUAGUACUUGUUAGUUUACUAUAGGCCUGAUUAAUGUUAUUACUGUUUAGACUUCUUGACAAUCUUUCUUCUCUCCCCUUUUAGUUG